AUGAAAAUUGAAGUCGUCUCGGCGGUGCCACACGCCACCAUUCAUCAGGCGGUCUUGUCGCGGAGGAAUCGCUCGAUUUUCUGCGCGGGACCCUAUGAAGUGCUGCCGUUGGAGAAUUGCUUCGAGCCGCUUCCCAGCACGUCAUCGCUUGCCGAUUGCGCCGUCGAAUGUUUGGAAUUGUCGACAGACGAGCGAUCGAUUGGGGUGGCGACGAACGCGCUUCUCAAAAUCGCCGAUGUACAAACCGGACGCGAGGUGCGAAAUCUGUCCGGUCACACGCUGCCGAUCAACUCGCUGGCGGCGAGCAAGUUCUCCGUGUACAGCUGGUAUACGGGCUCAUCGGACUUCUCAUGGGCCCAAUGGGACACUCGAAUGCAUCCAUCAAAGGUGCUCGGCGCGCGCACAAGCGGCAUCGUGAGGAGUGUGGCCGUCUCCCCCGGGGACCGAUUUGUGGCCGUCGGAACGGACCAUUCAAUUCAGCUGUUCGACGCGCGCCAAAGGGAAUACAUCAAGCAAUUCGCGUGCUCGGGACAUCGAUUGGAGUUCAAUCCGACGGAGGUAUUAUUGUCGGCGGUCGGACACGAUCGCGUCGUUCGGUUCUUUUGCCUCGAGAAUCUCGAAAUGAUCUCACAAUCGGACCCAUUCCUCGACGACAUUCAAGCAUCAGCGUUUGACUCGCAUCUGAUGAUCGCAUCGACAAGCGAUUCGAUCAAUCUCCUCACAUGGGAGCCGUGCGAUAUUCUGGCGACAGUUCCGCUCAAAACCGUCGAAAAGGUUGUGAAUGUUGGCGUGAAUGGAGGUGUCGAACUUGAUUUUAUCUGUAUUGGCGAGACGACGGAGCGCGUCGAAAUGCGGACCUACUCGAUUGAGGAAUUAUUGUCGUACUCGCCGAGCCAAGAUUUGUCGGGAAGCAUUUACGAGGAGGAAGACGAGAUUGACGCCGCCAACGACGUUUCGCCAAUCGACGAGAUGAAAAAUAUCAUUCUCGAACCCGAUAUUCAAGCUGAAACAUCAGAAUCAUCAGUGCAGUCAGAUUCGGCUUCAAGCAAUAGCAAUCAUUCCAGUCCGGCAAGUCCUGAAAGGCCGGUAAUUAAGACAAGAUCGGCAACGGCGUCGCUGAAAGCCGGAAAACCGUCGACGCGUUCGUUGACGCCCGUCCUUUCAAAGCCGCCGUCGCUGAAAUCGCAACCGGCGACGCAUCCACGAACGAACGGCACCACACAAAGCAGAGGCAUGCGCGGCGCGAAACAAUCUCCAUCUCUCGGCGAUUUCCGCGGUUCGACGCAAUCUCUCCAAUCGCGAACGGAUAUUAAGAAGCGGUCGGCGUCGGCGCAACGCGAUUCGGAGACGAUAACGAUCACAUAUCUUGGGAGGCCGAGAACGCCGAGCGAAGGCGAGCACAUUGCGCGAGCAUCAUCGACGUUGCCAAGAAAACCGACGACGCUAGACGGCGCGCGACCGAAAGUGGCGGUGUCGAAACGCGGCUCGCCGGUGAAAAAGGCGACGAACGACGUUCGAGAGAAGCCGAGCGCUCAGCGGGAUAUUAUGAAUUGUUUGAAAGCGGCUCUCGGGAUUUGCAAGCAGCAAGAGAAAGAUACCCGUUCGCUGCUGAAAGUGAUUCAGAAGCGCGGCUCAAAUGCUUUAGUGUGCGCCGAAGUCAAGAAUGACGAUCGUUUGUCGAUAGCAGCGCUGAGAUUGAUCAAUGAAAAGAAUGAUUGGUCUUUAAAUAUGUGUAAUUCCUAUCUGCCAACCAUUAUAGACGGGCUUGUAAGCAGUGAUGAUGAACGACGGGCGGUUUGCCUCAAAUCAUUAGAUGUGAUUUCCGAUGAGAUGCCGGCGAAACUUGUCAAGUUUGCCAAUUCGAAUUCGCGAAUUGGCGUUGAUGUUGCCGCCGAGGAGCGCGCCGAGAAGGCCAAUAAUUGUUUAAAGAUGCUUCGCGAUAUUUGCAAAAAGCGUGAUUGGUAUUAUAAGCAAUUGAGCAAGGAAGAUGUCAUCAAACUUGAUGCAAUACUAGAACGAGUCAAAGUGUUAUAA